GGGGGGGGCAGGGAGGGAGUAGGGGCGUGAUCUUAAAAGAUCCGUGGUGCUCCGGGUGGCUGUUUGCAGCACCAAUUUAAAUGCGCGUGUGUGCGCGCUAGCGUGUUCCGGUUUGGGUUACCUGUGGGGUUCUCCCAAAGUGACUAGUGGUCAUUUCGUAGAGGCAGGACGGUGGGUCUUUUUGGACAGCCAAGCUCUCUGCGAUCGCGCGCUGUUGAUACACUUGGCUUUUGCCCGGGAGCAUCGUAUAUUGCGAGGAAUUUCUUUUUUAUUUAUGCAAGGAGGAGAGAAAGGGGCUUUCUCUCUUCCUUUCCCGGAAAAGGGAGCGGAGUGGAUCUCCUGAGCUUUGCGUCGCGUGUAGCUGUUAACCUUGGGUUUUUCCGAAGGGGGCGUUGUUCUGCAAUCGGCUCCAUCCAGGAACUUGAAUGCAGCGAAGAGGUUGGGAGUCGGCGCGGCUGCCUGCUUGGUGGUGGUGGUGAGGCUGGGCGGGCCCAACCGCCGCCUCUGCUGCUGAUGCUCUCUGAGGUCACCCGCUGCGCUCGUCCCUGCAUCUCCCACUGAUCGAGCCUCCGCGUCUGGCUGCUGUUGUUCUAGUGUGGAAAGGGGCUGAUGGUCAGGGCUGGAGAGUCCCGGUGGGGAUGCUGCUGCUCUUUCUUCCCCUUUUUAGUUCCGAUGUUUCUAGCUCUGGGUGGGGCUUUGCGGGCUCCUACCUGGGUUGGGCAGGACGCUUAAAGCGGACCGGAUCUCGGAGCACCCUCCCGUGCUGUAUGAUUUAAACAACAAAAACCAAAGCGAAUCCCUCUAGGUUGCCUUUGUCUUGACCGGGAGCAUGUGGGUGAACCCGGAGGAAGUGUUGCUGGCAAACGCCUUGUGGAUCACGGAGAGGGCCAACCCUUACUUCAUCCUGCAGAGAAGAAAGGGGCACGGAGGAGAUGGAGGCAGCGGAGGACUGGCUGGUCUUCUGGUGGGAACGCUUGAUGUUGUGCUAGAUUCAAGUGCAAGAGUAGCACCAUAUCGAAUUCUAUAUCAGGCUCCAGACUCUAUGAUAUACUGGACUAUUGCCUGUGGUUGUUCAAGGAAAGAAAUAACUGAGCACUGGGAAUGGCUUGAACAGAAUUUACUACAAACUCUUUCAAUCUUCGAAAAUGAAAAUGACAUAAACACGUUUGUCAGAGGAAAAAUACAGGGCAUCAUUGCAGAAUAUAACAAAAUCAAUGGUAUCAAGGAGGAGGAUGAUACUGAAAAAUUUAAGGAAGCAAUCGUGAAAUUCCACAAACUGUUUGGAAUGCCAGAAGAAGAGAAACUGGUGAAUUACUACUCCUGCAGUUACUGGAAAGGGAAGGUCCCUCGUCAGGGCUGGAUGUAUCUCAGCAUUAACCACCUCUGUUUUUAUUCCUUUCUCAUGGGGCGGGAAGCCAAGCUAGUCAUCCGGUGGGUUGACAUCACCCAGCUUGAGAAGAAUGCUACUCUGCUUUUACCUGAUGUGAUCAAAGUUAGCACAAGGUCCAGUCAGCAUUUCUUUUCAGUUUUCCUCAACAUCAAUGAAACUUUUAAACUAAUGGAACAACUUGCCAACAUAGCCAUGAGACAACUCUUGGAUAAUGAAGGCUUUGAGCAAGACAAAUCACUGCCCAGACUUAAAAAGAAAUCCCCCAGAAAAGUGUCUGCAUUAAAACGGGAUCUUGAUGCCAGAGCAAAAAGUGAAAGGUACCGUGCCUUGUUCCGGCUUCCAAAGAAUGAAAAACUAGAUGGACAUACAGAUUGUACUCUCUGGACUCCAUUUAACAAAAUGCACAUCUUGGGCCAGAUGUUUGUGUCUACAAAUUACAUCUGUUUCACUAGCAAGGAAGAAAACCUGUGCAGCCUCAUUAUCCCACUACGUGAGGUGACUAUUGUAGAAAAAGCUGACAGCUCUAGUGUAUUACCUAGCCCAUUAUCUAUCAGCACUAAAAACCGAAUGACAUUUCUCUUUGCCAAUUUAAAAGACAGAGACUUUCUGGUGCAGAGAAUUUCUGACUUCCUCCAGCAAACUACUUCCAAAAUAUACUCUGAAAAAGAAAUUUCUGGAAGUUACAACAGCUCAGAUGAUGAGGUGUAUUCAAGGACAAGUAGCAUCCUUUCAUCAAGCCCUCAAAGAAGCCUUAGUUCUGAAGCAGAUGGAGAACGACAAUUCAACCUGAAUGGCAACAGCAUCCCAACUGUAACACAGGCACUAAUGACUAUGUACCGGCGGCGUUCACCUGAGGAAUUCAACCCUAAAUUAGCAAAAGAAUUUUUGAAAGAACAAGCUUGGAAGAUUCAUUUUGCUGAAUAUGGCCAAGGCAUCUGUAUGUAUCGUACAGAGAAAACAAGAGACCUUGUGCUAAAAGGUAUCCCGGAAAGCAUGAGAGGGGAACUCUGGCUACUUCUGUCAGGAGCUAUUAAUGAAAUGGCCACCCACGCCGGCUAUUAUGAAGACUUGGUGGAGAAAUCUAUGGGGAAAUACAAUCUUGCCACAGAAGAGAUUGAGAGGGAUUUACACCGCUCUCUCCCAGAGCAUCCUGCAUUCCAGAAUGAAAUGGGUAUUGCUGCUCUGAGGAGAGUGCUAACUGCUUAUGCAUUUAGAAAUCCAAACAUAGGAUACUGUCAGGCCAUGAAUAUUGUUACAUCGGUACUGCUUUUAUAUGCAAAGGAAGAAGAAGCAUUCUGGCUGCUUGUGGCUUUGUGUGAGCGCAUGCUACCAGAUUACUACAACACAAGAGUUGUUGGUGCUCUGGUGGAUCAAGGUGUGUUUGAAGAAUUAGCUCGUGAUUAUGUUCCACAACUGUAUGACUGUAUGCAGGACUUGGGGGUCAUCUCCACCAUCUCUCUUUCCUGGUUCCUCACACUCUUUCUCAGUGUCAUGCCCUUUGAAAGUGCUGUAGUUGUUGUGGACUGUUUCUUCUAUGAAGGCAUAAAGGUGAUAUUUCAGUUGGCACUGGCUGUGUUAGAUGCCAAUGUGGACAAGUUGCUGAAUUGUAAGGAUGAUGGUGAAGCUAUGACAGUGCUUGGAAGGUAUUUAGACAGCGUGACCAAUAAGGACAGCACUCUGCCACCAAUUCCUCACCUUCACUCGCUGCUCAGUGAUGAUGUAGGGCCUUAUCCUGAGGUGGAUAUCUUCAGGCUCAUCAGAAGUUCCUAUGAGAAAUUUGGAAGUAUACGAGCAGAUUUGAUUGAACAAAUGAGAUUCAAACAGAGAUUGAAGGUGAUCCAGACUCUUGAAGACACAACCAAACGCAAUGUGGUGCGAACCAUAGUGACAGAAACAUCUUUUACUAUAGACGAGCUGGAGGAACUCUAUGCCCUUUUUAAGGCAGAGCAUCUCACUAGCUGCUACUGGGGAGGCACCAGCAAUGCCACUGACCGACACGACCCAAGCUUGCCUUAUUUAGAACAGUACCGCAUUGACUUUGAGCAGUUCAAGGGCAUGUUUGCUCUCCUCUUUCCUUGGGCCUGUGGUACUCACUCUGAUGUUUUGGCUGUACGCUUAUUCAGAUUGUUGGAUGAAAAUGGAGAUUCCUUAAUCAACUUUCGGGAGUUUGUCUCUGGGCUAAGUGCAGCAUGCCAUGGAGAUCUUACUGAAAAGUUGAAGCUGCUGUAUAAAAUGCAUGUUUUGCCUGACCCAUCCUCCGAUCAAGAAGAGCCAGAUUCUGCUUUUGAAGCAACACAGUACUUCUUUGAAGACAUCACACCGGAGUGUACACAUGUUGUUGGCAUAGACAGCAGGAACAAACAUGGAGCAGAUGAGGCAUUUGUCAAUGUGAGUGUGAAAACUGAAAAAGGUAAGAAGAACUCUCAAGAAAAUAGAAACUACCUUAGAAUGUGGAGCCAAGAGAAUAAAACCAAAGCAAAGAAUGCGAAGGACUUGCCCAAACUCAGUCAGGGGCAGUUUAUUGAAUUGUGCAAGACAAUGUAUAAUAUGUUUAGUGAAGACCCCAAUGAACAGGAUCUUUACCAUGCUACCGCAGCUGUGACUAGUUUGCUCUUGGAGAUUGGAGAAGUUGGUAAGUUGUUUAGUGUCCAGCCUAUUAAAGAAUCUGAGAGUAACAGUAAAGCCAUUCAGAAUGCCCUGCUUCGGAAGAAGGGAAGCCAGCAGUACCACAUUGAACGACAUGACCCUUUCCAAGAUGGCUUCCUUGCUGAGGAGGAAGAGAAUAUUUGUGGUGAUGGCACACAGAUGGAGGACAUUAAGCUGGAAGAUUCUUCUCCUAGGGACAAUGGAGCUGGUUCUUCUAUGCUUAUUUCUGAUGAUGAUACUAAAGAUGACAGCUCCAUAUCUUCCUAUUCCGUCCUAAGUGCAGGCUCUCAUGAGGAGGACAAGUUGCAUUGUGAAGACAUUGGUGAGGACACUGUUUUGGUGCGAAGCUGCAACCCCACUUCUCUGCCUAGAAGCACUAGCAUUGACAGAGACUGGGCUAUCACCUUUGAGCAGUUUUUGGCUUCCCUCUUGACUGAACCUGCCCUCGUGCGGUAUUUUGAUAAACCAGUCUGUAUGAUGGCAAGGAUUACUAAUGCCAAGAAUGUGCGGAUGAUGGGCAAACCCAUAGUAUCUGCAAGUGACUAUGAAAUCUCUGCUAUGUCGGGCUAAAUGACCCAGGUAGGGAGGUUUUUAAAAAAUAUUUUAAGUUUUUAUGACGUAUUUAUUACUGCCUGGCACAGGUCCUGGUGUUUUCAAAAGAUGGUAGUUCUUGCUUAUGUGAACAUGUUGGAAUGUAAAUCCAUACUUAUAUUAAACUUUUUUUUUUCUCUGUGGGAAACAUUACCAGAAUGCUCGUCCUAGUCAAUAUAUAUGGGGGGUGGGGAUCAUUGUCAGUGGUGGGUGUAUUAUUAGCAUUGCUAUCCAUGCAUAAAUGGUGACAAUUAAUACAGUUUUAAAUCUAGAAAUGAACAAAGUUUGUGUAUGUUUUAAAAACAAGCCUGGAAUCCUAGAGUAAGUAAGAAAUUGGAAAGGCUUAAAGUGGCACAAGCACUGUGUGCUACAGUCUGCGCAUGGAGAUCCUUUGUAUACAGUCUUCCCCAUUCACUUUGAGGGAGGUAACAUGAUGUUACUAUGCCUUUGGUUCAUAGAGCUGCUUCCCUCACUGUAGUGAAUGGAGAAGUGGAAACUCUUGCAGGCAGGAAGCACCAUUUGUGCACUGGAGCUCUGCCUGUAAGCGAUAGUAGACUGAGUAAAAAACAAAGGGAUGCUGUCGACUUGUUUAGAACUCAAAAGUAAGUUCUGUGCAGCAUCCCUUGUGGAUGUCUUUCUAUCUUUUUUUUUUUUUUUAAGGUUAGUGAUUCCUAACACUUUUUAAAAUGCAUUCUUCAGGGAUACCGCCAAGGACUUGCCUUGACACACGGCAACAUCCUGACCUAAACAAUUCAUAGUACCCCUUUUUAAAAUGAGGGUUUUAAAAAAGAACUCUGUAGAUAAUUCUGUGUUAUUGACAUUUUAAACCUAAGAACACAAAUCUAGUGUAAUGUAGAUUAACAAUUCAUAGCUUAAAUCUUCAUUUAAAGACACUGUUAUUAGCAGGAAUGUAAUCUGGAAAAAAUCUGCAAGAAAAUGUAACUGAAUGUUUGAAAAUCUUAAUGAAAACACUGUCACUUUAUUAUAGAUUAAUAAUGUAUGACGUAAUUUACUGGAUGAUAUGUUGAAUGACAAAUGGAGCACCUGCACUUUGAAUCUUCACUACUUUUUCCAAAACAUAAACUGGGCACAACUCAUUUCCAUGGUGCGCACACAGAGGAUUCUGUAGGCUCAAGAGACCCAUCUCUCCCCACACACACACAAGCAUGUCUGUGUAGGAAGAAAACAGGGCUCUGUUGAUUCUACAGGAAUGCUCUGACUGUGGGUACAGUGUCUGUGAUAGGACUGGAUUGUGCCUAGUAUUUUUUUAAUUUGUUAGGUGAUUAUGUCUAAAUAAUUCUUACAUGCUUCAGCUAUAUUUGUUGCCUUCAAAAACACUUUUUUUGUUUUUUAUAUAUUGUAUAUUAUGAUCAUGUAACUUUCCAAGUUUUUUUAGUUAAAGCUAUUGCUUCGAUUCUUAUUUAAGAUACUUAACUGUCUGAAGUGGUUUUAACCACAGUAGGUAAAUGUAAA